AUGGCGGAAAUUCGAAACGAACCGCUCACCUUCCUCGAGAAGGAUCAGGUCGCCCAUACCAAAGCCAACAACCUGACGAUCGCAAAUGCCAAACUUGCCACUGAGAAGGAACACAACAUGACCCUCUUGCAGGGUAUCAAGUUAUAUCCCAAAGCCGUCUUCUGGAGUGUCCUCAUCUCAACGUGUAUCGCAAUGGAAGGUUACGACGUCUGUCUCCUCGGAGCGUUCUACGCCCACCCCAAGUUCAACGAGAAAUAUGGUGUAUUGCUGGCGGAUGGAACAUACCAGGUACCUGCACGCUGGCAAGCAGGUCUCAGCAACGGUGCCAAUGUUGGAGAGAUCAUCGGUCUCUUCAUCAACGGCUUCGUCUCUGAGCGCUUCGGCUACCGCUACACAGUCAUGACUUGCCUGGUCAUGAUUGCAGCCAUCACUGCUGUCUUCUUCACUGCACAAAACGUCCAAACCUUGUUGGUUGCCGAGAUUCUCUGCGGUAUCCCAUGGGGUAUUUUCCAAACUCUCACCGUAACCUACGCUUCCGAAGUAUGCCCUGUCGCUCUCCGUGGAUACCUUACAACCUACGUCAACUUCUGCUGGGGAAUGGGCCAGGCCAUUGGUAUUGGCGUUGUGAAAUCUCUGUUGCACCGCAACGACCAAUGGGCAUACCGCAUUCCCUAUGCCCUCCAAUGGAUGUGGCCCGUCCCCCUUCUCAUCGGAAUCACCUUCGCUCCUGAGAGUCCUUGGUGGCUGGUCAGAAAGGGCAGAGUCGAGGAAGCCAAGAAGUCUCUUCUCCGCCUGACCAGUUUGAACCGCGAAACCGACUUUGAUGCUGAUGAGACCAUUGACAUGAUGGUUCACACCACAAAGCUUGAGGAGAAGAUCACUACUGGCUCCAGCUACUGGGAUUGUUUCAAGGGAACCGACCUUCGCCGUACUGAGAUUGUCUGCAUGGUCUGGGGUAUUCAAAACCUCAGCGGCAACUCCUUCUCCGGAUACUCGACUUAUUUCCUCGAGCAAGCUGGUCUCGACCCUGGAAAGGCUAUGGAUUUCGCAAUUGGACAAUAUGGCAUUAACAUGGCUGGUGUUUUUGGCGCCUGGUUCCUUAUGAGCGUCGGCAUCGGUCGCAGAACCCUCUACUUGGUUGGUCUCUGUGGUCUUUGCACUAUGCUUCUUAUCAUGGGCUUCCUUGGACUUGUUCCUCAUGCCCACAAGGACUCUGCAUCCCUCGCUACUGGCUCAAUGAUGUUGAUCUGGGCAUUGUGCUACCAGCUGUCGGUUGGUACUGUCUGCUACUCCCUCGUCUCCGAAAUUUCAACCCGUCGCUUGCAGAUCAAGACUAUCGUUCUCGGACGUAAUCUUUACAACAUUGUCGGCAUUGUCUGCAGUGUCUUGACCCCAUACAUGCUCAACCCAAGCGCAUGGAACUGGGGCAACUACGCCGGUUUCUUCUGGGCUGGUAGCUGCUUCUUGUGCAUCAUUUACACGUACUUCCGUGUACCUGAGCCCAGCGGUCGUACUUUCGCCGAGCUUGACUUGCUUUUCGAGAAGAAGAUCAGCGCGAGAAAGUUCUCCAAGACCCAAGUCGACGUCUUCGCCGACAGCGUAGAGAAGGUUGAGGUUCACCACAACGAGAAAGUUGAUGUUUGA